AUGCUCUCAUUGGUUUUGGCAUCGGUGCUCAUCGCUGGAGCUUUGGGGUGUGGUGUUCCUCCCAUCAAGCCCCUCACCACCCGCGUGGUCAAUGGAGUGGACGCCAUUCCACACAGUUGGCCCUGGCAGAUCUCUCUGCAGUACCUGCGUGAUACCGAGUGGAGACACACUUGCGGAGGAUCGCUGAUCGCCACCAAUUGGGUGAUGACCGCUGCUCAUUGUAUCAAUACAAAGAACACCUACCGCGUGUAUGUGGGAAAAUACAACCUGCUGGAACAGGAGGCUGGAUCCAAAGCCAUGACUCCUGAGAAGAUCAUCGUUCACGAGCGCUGGAACCCCAUCUUUGUAGCUUUAGGGUAUGACGUCGCUCUGAUUAAACUCACUGAACAUGUGACCCUGAGCGACACUGUGCAGUUGACCUGCCUGCCUGCUGCUGAUACCAUCCUCCCCAAUAACUACCCCUGCUAUAUCACCGGCUGGGGCAGACUCUCCACUGGAGGUCCUAUCGCUGAUAAGCUGCAGCAGGCUCUGAUGCCCGUCGCUGACCACGCCACCUGCUCCCAACCUGACUGGUGGGGUCCUUUCCUGAAAGACACUUUGCUGUGCGCUGGUGGUGAUGGCAUCGUCGCUGGCUGCAACGGUGACUCUGGUGGUCCUCUCAACUGUAAGAACGCACAGGGUGUGUGGGAAGUGCACGGCAUCGCCAGCUUCGUCUCAGGCCUCGGCUGCAACUACGAGAAGAAACCCACCGUCUUCACGCGCGUGUCCGCCUACAAUGGCUGGAUCGACCAGGUUAUGCUUAACAACUAA